CCCACGGCAGCCACCGGUGACGCAUCUGUGGGGCGCUCAGUCCACGCUGGGCGCUGAGGACUCGCUCCUCACCACGGCUCUGAGCCGCAAGAACUAUUUUGAGACCCAUUUCACAGCUGGGGAAUCGAAGCCAAGCACUGAGCCCAGACCCAGGUUCUCAGCUGACUCAGAAGAGGUCUGCAGAGCUUCGGGCUUUCCCCCCCGGGCGGCAGAACCUGCUGGAGACUCUGCUUCAGCCCCCCGCCGGACCAGAGGCCCCAGAGAGGUGUCCAAGCAGAACGUUGCACCAGUGACUCACGAGGGCACCUCUAAUUCUCCCAUGGACCAAAUGAGCUCAACUCUGGGGUGGCAGGAGCCUCUGGACAGCGAGGCAGGGACAGAAUGCCCAAGGGACCAGGAUGACAGUCUUCUGUGUGAGGAUGUGCAGCAACAAGAUGAGGAUCUGUCAGCUGAAGAAAUAAUAUUUUUGAAAGAGUUUCCCAUCAUCAAGGAAGAGCUAGAAGUGGACAUCAAGAAGCUCCAUGCCCUUGCAGAUGACAUCAACACAACCCACAGAACAUUCACCAAGACCAACAUGUUGGCCACCUCCAUCACUGUGGUCUCAGACACCAUGAGCAUCCUGGGUCUGGUCCUCGUCCCAUCAACAAUAGGAGGAAGUCUGGUGCUCUCUGCUGUUGGUAAAGUUUUGGGGACAGCAGCCGGGUUCACCAGCAUCUUCACCAAUGUUAUGGAACACUUUCAAAGUCAAAAAGCCCGAACUCAAGCCAGCACCCUAGUGUCUACCCAUAACCAUGAGGUCGAGGAGGCUCAGGGAAAGAUGGUCUAUAUCAUGAGUGUCGGAAAGAAGGCCUAUGAUUGUGGAAGUAACAUCAUGGAUGUUAAGAGGAACAUCCAUGCCUUUCAGAGAGCCAGAGCCCACCCGCGUCUGGCCACUGCAGCCAAGCGUCUCCUGACCACUGGCCAAGUCUCGGCCCGAAGGAGCAUGCAGUUGCAAAGGGCCUUUAAGGGCACAGCAGUGCUGAUAAAGAAAAAUGCUCGCAUGCUGUGUAGUGCUAUGGCUGGCUUCUCCCUCUACCAGGACGUGGUCACCCUCCUGACCGACUGGAAGCAACUGAAGAAAGGAGAAGGAAGCAAGAUGGCAGAAGAGCUGAGGGCCCACGCGCGGGAGCUAGAAAGGAAGCUGACAGAACUCACCCAGCUCUAUGAGAGCCUGCAGCAGCAGAAACUCUUCCAAGAGAAAAGGCCCAGGAGCUCGUCUUCGGGCGGAGCCACGGGGUCUCUGGCUUGACCUCCAGGCAGGCGUGGGGAAGCAGGACCUCAGGUGACAGGAGAGGACUCUGAGCAGAAUUAAAAGGGGACACGGUGGGGGCGGGCUGGGUUGGCAGAGGCGAUGCCUAGGACUUAGCAAUCGGGAGGUCCAACUGGGGCCUGAGGGCGCGGUCAGCUAGUGAGUGUGGCGAGGUCCAUCUGUCCUGCCUCUCCUUCACCACCCUGCUUCUUCAUUGUCCCCCAUCCCUUCUCUAGGGCGCCGCCUCUUUCCCGCUGCUUCUCCGAUGCCCCAUUCACUCACGCGCACACAGUAGGUCCUCAUGAAGCAUGUGUCGAUUGGUGCGGGCUCUAUAUUAAAUGCAGAGGAUAGGACAGGAGGGUCCCUGAGGUGAGGGGCAUCUUGUGCUCACCUUUCCGUGGCCAGCUGCCUGCUCUGCUCCCUUCCUCCGGCACCCAGGGUAAUGCUGGGUAAGACCUGGGUUUGCACACAACAGGACGUCACUGGAAACUGCUCGACCAGAUUCCAUCAGGAAAGAGAGAGGCCCAGGAGCCCUUCUCUCCUCCCCGAGUUCAGAGCAAUUUAGGAUUCCUCAGAAACUGUGAGGACCUCUCCAGGCUUCCUGCAUCACCUAUCUUCAACCUACUUCUUUCUUAUGUUUUAGCUGCUGUUUUGAAAGCAGUGCAUGGACAUUAAAUACAACUUUUUAAAAAUUCAGGCAGGGGCGCCUGGGUGGCUCAGUCGGUUAAGCAUCUGCCUUCGGCUCAGGUCAUGAUGGAGCCCCGCAUCCGGCUCCUUGCUCAGCCGAGAGCCUGCUUCUCCUUCUCCCUCUCCCUCUGCCUUCUGCUCCCCCGCUUGUGCUCUUUCUGUCAAAUAAAUAAAUAAAAUCUUAAAAAAUAGUAAAAUAAAAUAAAAUUCAGUCAAGUAAAACACAGGAGUUAGAAAUAAUGCAUCAACUGGGCGCCUGGGUGGCUCCGUCGUUAAGCAUCUGCCUUCGGCUCAGGUCAUGGUCCCAGGGUCCUGGGAUCAAGUCCCAAAUCAGGCUCCCUGCUCGGCGGGAAGCCUGCUUCUCCCUCUCCCACUCCCCCCUGCUUGUGUUCCCUCUCUCACUGUGUGUCUCUCUUUCAAAUAAAUAAAUAAAAUCUUUAAAAAAAAAAGGGAUAAUACAUCAACCAAGGGUGACGACUGUUGGCAGUCUGGUGUAGAAUGUUCAAGUGCCUGCCUUCCGUACUUGUCCUGAGACUGCCCGCUGGGGACCCUCCCUCAAGGCUGCGUUAGAUAAAAAUCCUAGAUUUUUUUCUGCAACCCAGAGUUUUCUCUCUCUCAUUCUCAAUUCCCUCCUUUGCCUACAGAUCUAGAACUUUCUAGGUUGCUGUUUUCACUUCACAAUAUUUUCCUACCAUUCUCUAUUUCACUUAGUUUUUAUAGACUUUUUUUAUGUUACGAAAUAUUCUCUUGAUUAUAUAUACAAUCUUUUAAAUUAGACAUAUGUUAGUCAUCACUUUCUGUUUUAAGUAGCCAAAAGCCACGCAAACUGGCUUACACAAAAAAGGGAGUUUAUUGACUCGUGUGCUUAGCCAGCUUAGGGGUACAGCGGGUUUCAGGUGUGUCUGGAUCCAGAGGACAAAAAAGGAUGUCAUCAGGUAUUUGCCUUUCCAUUUCUCAGGCAGGCCUGCACCAGGUUCAGACAAGAACCCUCCCCCAAGCCUCCCCCCGCAACCCAGUGCACCCCAUUCCCACUGGGUGCUCCCAAGGGGAAAGGGGCGGGGCAGAGGUCCAGGGGCCGCUCUGAUUGGUCAGGACUGGGUCACGUGCCUUUGCCUGUGCUGGAUGGGGCCUGAGCGGUGGGCGCUGUAAGGUACGGGAAGGGAGAAAGGAGCCAGAAGAGGAAAAGCAAGGGCUACACUAGAUGCCUUCCGCUUUCAGGGACAUUUAGAUUAUUUCAAAAAAAUUUUUUUAUGCAUAGUGGUAAAAUGAAUAUCUGUGUGCCAAAAGCUUAUUGCGUUAUUAUUACGAUUUCUUUUCUUAAAAUAGAGUCCCUGAAUGGGGAUCCCUGAAUAAAGAAGGACCCUAUGACGGGAAAGGAGGAGUCUCCACCUACCCCCCCCCCCCCAAUUACAGUAGUGAAAUAUAUCAUGGGAAACGGGAAAGAUUUAAAGCGUGGAGGGGAAAGAGAGCCACUGUCCCCAUUUCAGACCACAGCCUGCCAGUCCCAUUUCCCACAUCUUACCCUCGCGGGGGUUAAAUAGUUGCCAUGCCACUGUGCUUCCUGCUUUUGCUGUUCUCAUUUCUUCUCAGAAGUUCUUCAGGAGCAGAAUGAUGACAGAAAAAACCCUCUGAAGGCCUGAGAUACGCGGGAAGCCAUUGGAGAUUUCCUUCCAAGCCAAUGUGACUGUUAGAAGCUUUGUUCAAACCCAAAGCCUGACUUAUGGCCCACCACGCGUGCGUCAGGCUUCGUACACCUGCUUUGUGAGUGAGCUGCCUGAAGGAAAGCCAUCCUGUCCUCGAGAAGUCAAUCAAUGCCCCUACCCGCCCUGCAUUCCUUUCUGGUGAACCCGUGAUUCCCGCCUGCGUGCAAAUCUAUAAUCGUUAGAGCUUUUACGAGAUGUAAGAAAGGCUAUCACCCUGAAAACACGGUUCAUUCUUCCUGGAGCCCGUUCUUAUUUUUGCGAUGGCUUUAUUUUUCUCAUCUCUUUUUUCCUAU